AUGUUCAGACGAUUCUUCUCCUCUACACCAAGAACUUUCAAAAUGGCCACAUUCAACAAGUCUUUCUUAAUGAACCACACAUGUCUUCGUAUCAAAGACCCAAAGAUUUCACUUCCUUUUUAUACUGAAAAAUUUGGUAUGAAAUUGAUUGCCACCUUUCCAUUCGCAGAUUUCACAUUGUAUAUGUUGAAUUACGAAACCGAGGCUGACAAACAUCUCAAUUGGUCUGCCAGGGAAGGAGUGUUGGAAUUGUGUCACAACCAUGGUGUUGAAAACGAUCCAAACUAUAAAUUGAACAACGGUAAUGGUGAAAAAGAUCGUGGGUUUGGUCACAUCUGUGUGUCAGUUGAUAAUAUUGAAGCAUUUCAAAAUCAAUUGUUAGACAGUGAUGUCAAGUUCCAAAAGAAGUUGACUGACGGGAGACAAAAGAAUAUUGCUUUUGCAUUGGACCCAGAUGGAUAUUGGAUUGAAUUGAUUGAGAAUGGAAUCAACAAGGUUGCAAAUAAAACUGAUGUUUCCUCCUACAAAUUGAACCAUACUAUGAUUAGAGUGAAGGACCCUAAAAAGUCAUUGGAAUUUUAUCGUGACGUUUUAGGAUUUAAAUUGUUGUCUACUAGUGUGCAUGAGGGAGCUAAAUUCACUUUAUACUUUUUAGGCUACGACCACGAUCCAAACUUUAAACAAGAUACAUUGGCCCGUGACGAGCAAGCUAAGAGACAAGGUGUUAUUGAAUUGACCCACAACUGGGGAACCGAAUCUGAUCCGGAAUUUAAAGGCUAUCAUAACGGUAACAGUACUGAAAACGGUGCUUUGCAAGGUUAUGGGCAUACCUGUGUCAGUUGUGAAGAUCCGGCCAAAUUUUGCCAAGAAUUGGAAGAGAAAUUUGGCGACAAGUUAGAUUGGUCUUUGAAAUGGGAUCAGGGAAAAAUCAAAAAGAUUGCUUUUAUCAGAGACCCAGAUGGUUAUGCCAUUGAAAUUUUAGGACACAAUUUAUUUGCUGACAAGGUCAAAGAUCAAGCUAGUUUGUAA